GUGGCGGCGACGACGACAACGGCGGCGUGCGGCAGGCAGGCAGUAGUUCGCUGCGCUCUCGGUGGUAUAUACGGCGGGUGAAUUGUGCGCCAGGUAAAAUCGCAGUAGCGCGACGACAACGAAUCGGGGCCGUCGAAUCCCGCAAUACCGCGGAGUCGUUGAUAUAGCGCGUUCGAUACGACGGUAUAACCGCGCUCCCUUCUAUUCUUCUUCUUUUUCGUCGGAUAGAAAAGAGGAGCGUCCGAGGAGAAAACGGGAGAGAGAGAGAGACAUACACAGACAGGUAGACUGAGAGGGACAGAGAGAGAAAGAGAGAGACACGCACAUACACGGAGGAGGAAAGGGGUCCGCAGGAUUCGCGGAGAAUUCGCGAAGGACUUCGCUUCGUGAGAGCGAAACACUCAUCGAGCCGCCGAGGAGAGCGAGAGGACGUGGGAUCCCCGUAGGUGGGCCGGGAAGAGGAAGGAGAUGAAGGGGAUGCUGGCGCUGGCCGCAUUGCUCGGCGUCCUAUCGACCGUCUGCCGCGUCCAGGCGGUGUCGGAGAGGCUGGAGUUGGCACCAGCUGGCGGAAGAUCAGAGCCGCAGGUCGCCACCUUGUGCGAAGCUGGCGAAGUGUAUCUUGCGCAGCACAUGGGAGAGCAAGGUCGAUGGGUCUCCUCGACCGAUAAGAAGAGCUGCAUGACGGACAAGCUCGAGAUUCUGGAGUAUUGCAAGAAGGCUUACCCGAAGAGAGACAUCACCAACAUCGUCGAGUCGUCGCACUACGUCCGAGUCAGCGGAUGGUGCAAGCCCGGAAGGACCAAGUGCAAGCUCUCCCGCUGGGUCAAGCCCUACAGAUGCCUGGAGGGACCCUUCCAGAGCGACGCACUCCUCGUGCCAGAGGGCUGCCUCUUUGAUCAUCUGCAUAAUCAAACAAAAUGCUGGGAAUCUCACAGAUGGAACGCCACGGCCGCGGAGACUUGCAGGGAGCGAAACAUGAACCUGCGUAGCUUCGCGAUGCUGCUGCCGUGCGGCAUAUCUCUGUUCUCCGGUGUCGAGUUUGUUUGCUGCCCGAAACACCUGAAAGAGAAUGUGAAAGCCAAGAAACCCAUCGAUCUACCCAUCCCGAAGAGCGUGGACGACGAUCUCGACGAAGACGAGGACGAUCUCGAUGAUGAAGAUGACUUGGACGGCGACGCCGAGGAUGAGGACAAUUCCGACGGUGAUCUCGAAGAUGUGCUCAGCGAUCAGCCCGAUGACGACGAGAGCGAGGAGGAGUAUGAUGAUCUCGAUGAUUAUGAUACGACCACCAGUCGGCCAUCGACGACGGUCUCCACAACGGAGAAAGCGAAGCAGGAGGCGACGGCGAUGCCGUUACCGGUCAGUACGAGUACGCAGCAGCCUUCUCAACCGCAGGGCACUCCCGAUCCAUAUCUGACGCACUUCGACCCGCGGUCCGAGCAUCAGAGUUACAAGCAGGCUCAGAUGCGACUCGAGGAAGUGCACAAGGAAAAAGUAACGAAAGAUUGGAGUGAUCUCGAGGAGAGAUAUCAGGAUAUCAGGGCGCACGAUCCCGUCGCCGCGGACGCCUUCAAACGCUGGAUGACUGCGCGAUUCCAAGAGACCGUGGCCGCGCUCGAGGAGAGCGGGGCCGCGGAGAAGCAUCAGUUGAGCGCGAUGCAUCAGCAGAGAGUGCAGGAGGCGGUCAAGCAGAGGAACGAGGAGGCCAUGUCGUGCUACACCGCAGCCCUCAACGAGACGCCGCCGAAUAUGCACCGCAUCCAGAAGUGCUUGCAGAAGUUGCUCAGGGCUCUCCACAAGGACAGGCACCACACGAUCGCUCAUUACAAGCACCUGCUCGACAGCAGCCUGGAGCAGGCUCAGCGGGAGAAACCGGCGACUCUGGAGCACCUGGCGGAGAUCGACAGGAUCACCAAUCAGAGCCUCCUGAUGUUGGAACGAUAUCCAGACCUAAGCGCAAAGAUUGGCCGUCUCAUGGACGAUUACGUUUUGGCCCUCAGGAGUAAGGAUGAAACUCCGGGGUUGCUGCUGGCAAUGACGCGCGAGGCGGAGGCAGCUAUCCUCGACAAGUAUCAGGCCGACGUCGCCAGCAAGCAGCAAGAUUACCUUACAGAGAAAGAGCAUCAGAAGCAACUGGAGCGAGCGCGCAAGGAGCAACGCAAGGCGGAGCGCGGCGAGCUGCGCACGGAGCAGGAGCAGCACGAGGAGGGCGACUCGGCUAUCGACACCAAGGAUAUCCCGCAGCAGCAGUCGGAGCAGCCUGCCGCGGUCGCCGCCAUGCAUAACGAGGGAGUGGUCAGAGCAGCGCACAGCAUGACGCACGAUGUCUCUCAUUCCGAGCCAGGUUACUCCGUGAGGCGAGAGGUGUACCACAGAGAGAGUCGAUCCGUCUAUUUCACGCUCGCGUUUGCCGGAAUAGCGCUCAUGGCCGCCGCGGUCGUGGGCGUCGCGGUGUUCAAGAGACGCAGCGCGAGGAGCCCUCACAGCCAGGGUUUCAUCGAGGUCGACCAGGCGGCUACGCCCGAGGAGCGGCACGUCGCGAACAUGCAGAUCAACGGGUACGAGAAUCCUACAUACAAAUACUUCGAGGUGAAGGAAUAAUUCGGCCGCUCCCCUCCCCUCGGCGCUCGCAAUUUUGAUUUCAAGCUGAGUCGCAAAGCCGUUCGUUCUCGCGUAUUUUCUUCGAGAAUCUCAUAAUAUUUUGUUAGAGUAAGAUAUAAAUAACGUAUUUAUACAGAUAUAUAUACAUAUAUAUCUCUAACUCCCACGAGAUUCUUCCGAAGACGCAUCCACCGACCGUGGGAUCUGCGCAUCCCAGGUAUGCGCUCUCCCGCGGAGAUUGCGCGGGAACACGCGUUCCUCAAUCGGCAGAUCGUGCUCGCGACACCGCAUGUGACACACACAUACAUAUAUACACGCUCUCUCUCUCCUACACGCGACUGUCGCGGUGCAAAAUCGAUUUCCGAGGGCUCGACAAUAUACGUGUAAAAUAAAAAGUUUGUAGCGGGGGACACGACACACACGCGCGCGCCGGGCAACGCGAUAGCAGUUCGUUGAAAAUUCCGCGUGUUCACGUGAUGUGCCAUACGAACACACGCAUACAGAUGUUUAGAAGCUAUCUUCGGAAGUAUCUCUCACGCAGCACACAUCAUACGUCGUAUAUACAUCAUUUUUCCGAUUGCGUUCUGUCGCCAUGUAUACGUGUCCGGUAAAAACGCAGGAAGGAGCGCGAGCCUCGUUGUUAAAAAAGUAGAAAAAAAAGAAGAAGAAGAAAACGUACACGCGCCGUCUUUUAGACUCACCUUCGAUGUUCCUUCGCCUCUAACGUCGUGCCGAUCGGCGGCUCUCGCGGGAAAGAGAGAGAGAGAGAGCUCGCGGACUCUCUCCGCUCCGAACGACGAAAGUGGAAAACGCGCGCGUUCGCAUAACGCAAAUAAACCCCCCUUUGCGCUCUUUGCUGUAUUUUUCGGUUCUGAUAUUUUCGGAGGUAAUCAAUGGCAAUAAAGAAGAUGAGGAAAAAAGAAUACGAUCGUAACGCGCAGCUUAAUUAAGUGCUCUCCGCGAGAAUGGAAUAAAGAGGAAGGAAAAGCACGGGAGAACACGCGAUUUAGCGAUUAUAGUAGCUUGUCACUCGGGCAGCUUAGAAGUAAAAUACUCCGAUUGUAAUCGCGCAUAAUCGUUGUAACGUUACGCUAAUUAACCGAGCCGGAUGAGUAAGCGCGCUGUACGCGGAGCACUCUUAAAAUAUCAGAACACACACAUACACACCGUCAUAACACACACAUACACAUAUAUAUACGCGUGUCAUCGUUGCACGUUUCACCUUUGUGA